UCACCGUGGGUUGACCCUAAAGCCUACAUGAUCUGAGCCGUGGUGCAAAUUGCCAAAGCCUUCCCAACCAAGAUGCCCAGCUCAUGCAAAGAACUGCGCGAAGCACUCGCGCAGUGUCUCCAAGAAUCCGACUGUGUCAUGGUUGAGCGCAACAGUGCCGCCGACUGCCUCCGCGAGCCCCUCGUCAACACCCUCCCGCUCAAGUGCCGACAGCUGAAGAAGGGCUUCGGCGAGUGCAAGCGUGGCAUGGUGGAUAUGCGUAAAAGAUUUCGAGGCAACAUGCCCGUGGCAUACCGUACGAUGGAACAGGCCGAGGAGGGUCAAGGAUACCAACUCUACGCCGGACGGCCAGCAUUCGCGGGUGGUGUCAAGAAGACGGACGGAAACGAACCCAUUCCUCAAGAUUGGAGAGAAGUCGAGAAUGAGAAGUGGAAGGCAGAACAGGCAGCCAUAGAGCAGCAGAAGAAGUGAGAUGGAGGUCGUUGCCUGACCGAAUCAAGCUUUCUCCGAUAUGGGACAUGUGCGGUAUGGUAACGACUACUUGUGCCAGUAUUUGAUACCACCAUGGUCCUCAAAACGCCCAAGACGAUAGAAGGCAAUGCUGAGGUUGAGCUGAACCGACUGAGCUGAAACAAUUCGACAUGACGAACGUGACGGACGAAGACUUUUGGAUAUACCCAA